GGUUGAUGCUCAACCACUGAGCCACAGCAGCCGGGCCAAUCGGCCUCUUUUACAGAUGAAAACUGAAGUGGGAAAAGGCGCUCAGAGCGAUGUGGUCAAGGACACCGAGGGAAGUUGGGGUGUGGUCAGUGGGACACCAGGGAGUGCAGGCAAGAGCAGUCAGUCGGGGAUCAGGACAAUCUGUGGGGAGUCGGGGCCCCUCUCCAGGGAGCAAGGCGGGUCCUCAGUUCUCUGCCUUCCUGUCUCCUCACUCCUGCGACCCAAGGAACUAGGAAACUACAGCGACAGCACGGAGACCGCCCCCGUGGAAAACCACAUCUGCUCGGCGGCCGAGGGGCCCCUCCUGACCUCCUUCAAGGCCGUGUUCAUGCCCGUGGCCUACGGCCUGGUCUUCCUCCUGGGGCUGACGGGCAACAUCCUGGUGCUGGCGGUCCUGGAGCGGCACCGGCACACGCGCAGCUCCACCGAGACCUUCCUGUUCCACCUGGCGGCGGCCGACCUGCUGCUGGUGCUCAUCCUGCCCUUGGGCUACCUGUCCGUGGCCAUCACCGUGGGCGAGUUCCUGGGCCUGGCCCACUGCUGCCUCAACCCCGUGCUCUACACGUUCGCAGGGGUCAAGUUCCGCAGCGACCUGUCGCGGGUGCUGGCCAAGCUGGGCUGCACGGGGCCCGCCGCCCUCUGCCAGUUCCUCCCCGCCUGGCGCAAGAGCAGCCUCUCGGAGUCGGAGAACGCCACCUCCCUCACCACCUUCUAGGUCCCAGCCCCCCUUUCUGCUUUGACUUUCUUGAGGGGCACCCUGACUCUGGGAAUUUCGCGGGAAUGGGAUCCCAAGAGCUCGCCUGGCCAGAGAGGCGGCCGACGCUGCCUCCGGGACAUCCCUGCCGGCUCUCCUCCCCGGGGCUGGGCUGCGUCCAGGGAGGGAAAGCAGCUCCACGGCCCAAAAGGCACUGUGCCCAGCUGAGUCACCUGGGCUGAGAGGGCCCCGCCCGCCUUCCUCAUCUGAACCACCCAAAACUCGAGAAACAGGUUUGCUUCUGUCUUCACCAAAGUGGGAAGCCAUCAACCCCCAGAAUGCACCACGUCUCACAGGCCGCCUCCCGCCCGCCCCGAAGGCAACACUGAGCUGUGGGUUGGAGGUGGAGGCUGAGGAAAGGCAGGUGUGGCCUCAGCCUGGUUCAGCCUCGGACACACGGACCCCUCCCGCCCGCAGGAAGCUCAGACCGAUUCAACCCCGGCAGCUGUCCCCGGCUCUGACCACACUGUCCCUGGGCCAGCUCCGUGUCCCCGGGCCCCGGGAGGGCAGGCGCAUGCACCUCGGAGCAGCCAGUGUCCCAGGGAACUCAGGCCAAGCCAGCGGAAAGGGGGGGGGGGGGGGGGGGGGGGAUCUCCUGCCCCCACCCCAAGGAGGGACUUUCUACACCAAAGCCGCCACCUCCUCUGCCCGGGGCGGUGGGUCUGGGCACUGAUGCAGGAGGCAGGCGGGUGGCUCCCUGCCCCUCCGGGGAAGUGACUCAGCCAGGAGGGUCCCCACCACAGCGAGGAAGGUCAGGACAAUAUGCAGACCUGAGGGGAAAGCCAGAGAGAAGCCUCUGGGAGCCAACUCCCCAGCCCCCGGGAGGCCAGGCCGGGCACAGGCCCCAGGCAGCGGCCCUGCCCUGGAGGCUGCUCCUCAGAGAGAACCGGGGAAGUUGCUCUCGCACUGCUUGCUCGCCCACCGGCCCACCUGCCUCCCCCCUGCCCCCAGCCUUCGGUCCGACUGCAGUGGGAGAGCCAGGCCCCUGCUCCUGCCAGGGCACAUCUGAGCUGCCCACUCCCACGCAGGCCAAUCGGCCACAUUCCCGAGGAGGCCCCACGAGGGGAGUCAGCUUUUGUCUCCCAGCAUCCAACAGCAAGCUGGUCGGCGGAGCCAGACAUGGAAGCAAAGAGGCAAGAGAUCAGAUUUUACAUUUUCUUUUUAAUAAAAAGGCACCUAUAAAACAGGUCAAUACAGUACAGGCAGCACAGAGACCCCCGGAACAAGCCUAAAAAUUGUUUCAAAAUAAAAACCCAAAGGAUGUCUUCA